UUUUGGAAACCUGUUCACUCUUCAGUAAUACACACAAUGGCUUCUUCAGUGAAUAAUGGCAUUCUUCCUAGUGGCGGUCAGAUUUUUACCACCAUGCCUGAUAUUUUCUUCAUUCCAGAAUUUAUUUUUGGUGGAUUGGUGUGGACCCUGGUAGCCUCCACCAAAGUGAUCCCACCCAAUCCUCUGGGCUGGAUCAUGUUUGUGUCCAUUUUCUGCUUCCUAAUCACAACUAUCUGGUUCUUCAUUUUCAUUACUGGUGCAAACCAGAGAAGCAACUGGCCUGGCUUGGAUUUUGGAUAUCAUGCCUUUGCUGCAUUCCUUUAUCUGAGUGCUUCCGUGCUUCUGGCUUAUGUCACCAUCGGUAUAAAGGAAUUAACUUUAAUUACUGACCUAUUCAGUAUCAAGAUAUACAAGCUGGACAUUGCUGCUGUGGUGAUGGCUUUCAUUACCACAUUGCUGUACUUCAUUCAUGCAAUCCUCUCUUCUCUACGAUGGAAGUCCUCUUGAAAAUCAAAGUCACAGACGAGAAACACUCAUUUAACAGAACCAACCAACAAAACAGUCAAGAGGAUAUAAGUGUCUCAUGUCAACGCCUCUAACAUAGUAGUUAUAUCUCAUCUGAAUUCUUUAAAUGCUUUUUAGGUGUGUUUGAGCUGUCAAAACAAUGAAAUUGUAUUGUAUUGAAAUAAUCAAGUUUGUUUGUUUUUCAAAACUGGAGAAUUUUAGAAAUAAAUCUGUUUGAUAUAUAUUUCUGAGAAGUAUUUGUUGAUAUUAUUUGAUAGUGGAUGAUUUGCAGAAAUGAAGAGAGGCAAAAAUAAUAGUGAGUCCAUAAGCAUCCAUUUUGUAAGGGUCGAGAGGAUGAUGUUACUUUUCUAUUAAAUGGACACCACCCAUAUUUUUAUAGGCUAAAUAUUUAAUAGAAGUUAAGAUAUAUUCUCUCAGAAUUGUUCAAAACAACACCCCUAAGAGAUAGAUGUGGGGAUCAGGAAGGGUUUACUUAGCUUUAGGGAGAAAAUUGUGCCCAAACGUAAGAUAAAAUUUGGCAAAACCUUCCUUUGGAGACGUCCCGGAAGUGUGCAUGUUUAUAUAUAUAUAUAUAUAUAUAUAUAUAUAUAUAUAUAUAUAUACACACACAGUGCCUUGCAAAAGUAUUCAGACCCCAGACCAGUUCUCUCAUAUUACCGAAUUACAAAUGGUACACUAAAAUUUCAUUCUGAUUGAUAUUUUAUUUUAAAACACUGGAACUCAAUAUCAAUUAUUAUAGGUGCAUUGGUUUUAUCCACAUCUGGAGUCUGCCAGAAAGCACGUGAGUGACCCAACUGCGAUGUGGGAGAAGAUUUUGCUUUUUGGCCAAAAAUCAUAGCGCUAUGUGUGGCACAAACCUAACACUUCCUAUGCCUCAAGACACACCAUCCCUACAGUGAAGUAUGAUGUUGGCAGCAUCAUGCUGUGAGGAUGCUUCUCAUCAGCAGGGACUGGGCAUCUUGUUAGAAUUAAAGGAAGAAUGGAUGGAGCAAAAUAUAUGGAAAUACUGCAAGAGAACUUCAGUCCACUAAAAACUGAAGCUUGGGACGAAAUUCACCUCUCAGCAUGACAAUGAUUCCAAGCACAAGGCCAAUGCAACACUGGAGUGGCUCAAGAACAAAAAGAUAAAUGCCCUACAGUGGCCCAGUCAAAGUCCUGAUUUCAAUCCUAUUGAGAAUCUGUGGCACUAUUUGAAAAUUGCAGUCCACAAGCAUCACGCAACCAACCUGAACAACCUGGAGCAAAUAUGCAGAGAAGAAAGUGCCAAAAUCACUUAGUCACUGUGAGCAAAGCUGGUACAUAUAAACCCCAAAAGUCUUAAUGCAGUUAUUGCAGCAAAAGGUGGCUUGAUUAAAUAUUAAUGUGUGGGUGUUGAAUACUUAUGCAAGCAAGAUAUCAUUUUUUUUUUUCAUAAAAAUAUUUCCCAACAAAAAAAACAAUGUCACCUUACAAUAAUUGAUUUUAAGUUUCAGUGUUUUAAAAUAAAAUAUCAAUCAGAAUGAAAUUUCAGUGUACCAUUUGUAAUUCGGAAAUAUGAGAAUUGGUCAGGGGUCUGAAAACUUUUGCAAGGCACUGUAAAUAUAUAUAUAUAUAUAUAUAUAUAUAUAUAUAUAUAUAUAUAUAUAUAUAUAUAGUAACUGUGCAAAAGUCUUAGUCACAUAAGAUGUUUCACACAAACAUUUGUCUUAAGAUGGUUUUUUAUAUCUUCGGCUUUAGUGUGUCAAUAGGAAAUAUUACUUUUAGGCUCCCAACGUAUCUUUUGCAAAUAGAAUAGAAUAGAACAGGGAGCCCUGCAACAUAUCGCAUGGCCCCCACAGACUGAACAUCGAGUCAGUCUGGGAUUACAUGAAAAGACAAUUUAGACAAUUUAAAAAAGAUAGAAGGACUGUGGUGAAUUUUCCAAGAAGCUUUGAUGGUCUGCCAACAACCAAGAAAACCAGGUGUACCUAGGAGAGUUGGUUUUGAAGACAAAUGUGAUCACACUUAACAUUAAUUUACCUUUUUUUAUAAACUGGGCAUAAAAUGUUUUGUAUGACAUUAAUUGAUAAAUGUAAAAAAAGUCAUCGUCACUAUUCAACAUAUUUUUUUUGCACAAAACUUUUGCACAGUACUGUAUAUAUUAUAAAAAUGCAAACAUUUUGUCUUUUUGAGCUAGGGUUAGAAAAUGUUUAGCCUACACUGAAAAAAAAUAUGUUCUGGUGAAAUAAAUAUAGCAAAAAAGAUUAAGUAUUUUCUACAAUGAAUAAGUUAAACCGUGAACUUGAAAAUAUGGAGUAUAUUCUACUUUGUACUCAACUCAAGCAUGUAAAAUUAUUCUCUAGCUUAUAAGUAUAUUAUAAAAAAGAAAAAAAAAAAUUAUCUUUACAAUGCUUGAUCAUUCAUCAAUCCUAAAGUAGAAAACCUUGUCAUAUUUUUUUUGCUCACUUUAGUAAAUUCCACUUUUACUUAACUCUUCAAAGCUGGUGUUCCCAGCAUGCCCUGGGUUUGAAUAAUCAAUGAGCUUUCAAGAUUUCACUGUUUGCAAGUUUAUUUACACCGUUUUUAUUGUUAUUUUGUUAUGUUUGGUCAUGAUCAAAAAAAUUAUCUGUUGAUUGUUACAGUCGUCAUUUUUUGCGCACUAAGUGUUGAGGUUUCCGUGCGCAAAAUUGAAAAAUGUGCACACUAAUUUUAAUCAAUAUUAUGUCAAAUAGCUAAGUACAGUUUACUUAACUGUAUACCAUUAAAAUUUACUUACAAAAUAAAA